UUAAAAGCAAGUUAACCAGACUACGACUGUAAUAAUUUAACAAAUUCAGUGAUUAUUUAUUAAUCUCAUCUAUCCAAAAUAUUAUAUCCCAGUGAAUAUAUCUAAACCACCCCUCAAACACCUAUUUUGUGCAUCAUGACGUUUAAGUUACUGGUCUUUUAAAAUAUACUUACAUCAUUUUUUGAGACUGAAUUGCAUCGUGGGACGUUUACAUGUUGCGACAAACCGUAGAUCUGUAAAUGAAGAGCAACACAUCCAGCUGCACUGAAGUCGAUCCACAUGAUGUGAAGACUUGCUCUCGGAGAAAAUCCUGAAGUACAUGAGGUUUUCAAGCGAGCUGUUUGCACACGUGCUGCACUGCCUUUCUGAUCCCAAAUCAAGCUGUAUCCUUGCCGAAAACGCAGAAUUUGAUCUUCCAAGACUGCACUCUUCAUUGAAGCUGACACCCACCUGUUCCUCAUGAGUUUUGUGGAAUACUCUGAGUUCAUCCAAGAAGGGGAUGUCGUCAUUAUAUUCCUAGGUCAUGAUUCCAUGAUGCCCAUCACAGUUCAGUCUGGGGCUCAGACACAGACCCGCUAUGGGGUCAUCCGCCACUCCAGUGAUCUGAUCGGACAGCGGUUUGGUUCUAAAGUGACUUGCAGUAAGGGUGGUUGGGUUUAUGUGCUACAUCCUACACCAGAGCUAUGGACAGUAAACCUCCCCCACCGAACACAGAUCCUCUACACUACAGACAUUGCCAACAUCACACUGAUGCUGGAGCUCAAACCAGGCUCUGUCGUCUGUGAGUCAGGUACAGGCAGCGGCUCUCUGUCUCACGCUAUUCUGCGGACCAUUGCUCCCACCGGUCAUCUGCACACAGUGGAGUUCCAUGCUCAACGAGCAGAGAAGGCCAUCCAGGAGUUCAAGGAGCACAAGGUGUCUCACCUGGUUACUGUUAGAAACCAAGAUGUGUGCAAGGAGGGCUUUGGUGUCAGCAGUGUAGCCGAUGCGGUCUUUCUAGACAUCCCCUCUCCGUGGGAGGCAGUCAUACAUGCCAAGAGGGCUUUAAAACACAAGGGAGGACGAGUAUGUUCCUUCUCACCAUGCAUAGAGCAGGUCCAGAGGACUUGUGAGGCAUUACUGGACCAUGGCUUUGAGGAGAUCUGCACUCUGGAGGUUCUGCUGCGGGUGCAUGAUGUUCGUACUGUUACGCUGCCUUUACCAGACUUUGGACCAGAGGAGGGAUCUACUGACAGCACCCAGAUGGCUUCUAAUGUAAGUCAAGAGGAAGUCUCAAAGACUGGAAUUGCCUCUGUGAUCUGCCGGACUGCCAUACCCCCAAGAGAAAUGGCAGGACACACCGGUUACCUUACAUUUGCUACCAAACCACGAGACUAGAAGCCAAAUUGAGGCUAAAGCAGGCAACUCAAAUUGGAAUUUGAAUAGAUUUGAGUACUGCUGGCUCGAUCUUUCCUGAAUAUUAUGACUUCACUAGUAGAAACCUUUUUUUGUUUUGCUUAAUUUCAGCUUAGAUAUAAAAGAAUUGUUACCAGCUUGAGAGGCAUAAACAUCUUGACUGGUAAUGCCAUUCAAACAUUUUGAUUAACAAUACAGCUUAAUGUUUAUUUGUCUCAUUUGUUUGGUUUUUAUUUAUUUUUGAAAUAGUGAAUUUUUAUUAUGUUUUUCUGCAAUAAAUUGAA